UUGAGCGUGUCAGUAUGAUGGUGAUCCUGCUGAACUGCGUGACUCUGGGGAUGUAUCAGCCCUGUGAAAACAUCGACUGCUCUUCACAACGCUGCCAAAUACUGCAGGCCUUUGAUGCAUUUAUCUAUAUCUUCUUUGCUGUUGAGAUGGUGGUGAAGAUGUUGGCUUUAGGAAUAUUUGGAAAAAAGUGUUACCUGGGAGACACGUGGAACAGACUGGAUUUUUUCAUUGUAAUGGCUGGGAUGGUGGAGUAUUCCCUGGACCUGCAGAACAUCAACCUAUCAGCAAUCAGGACCGUCCGGGUCCUCCGGCCGCUCAAAGCCAUCAACAGGGUGCCUAGUAUGCGGAUUCUUGUGAAUCUUCUACUCGACACUCUCCCCAUGCUGGGCAACGUCCUGCUCCUCUGCUUCUUUGUCUUUUUUAUUUUUGGCAUCAUUGGAGUGCAGCUGUGGGCUGGAUUACUGAGGAACCGCUGUUUCUUACAAGACAACUUCCCUCCCAGUCCCUCCUCAGCUCCAUCCAAUGGCAUCUCCCUGUCUUCCUCAUACUACCAGCCCGACGAAGAGGACGAGACGCCUUUCAUCUGCUCCCUGGCCGCAGAUAACGGCAUCAUGUCCUGCGGGGACGUGCCUGGGAGGAGAGAGGAGGGGAAGGAGUGCUGUCUGGACAAAGACGACUACCUGCAUCUGCUGGCUCUCGGAGGCCCGGAGCUCCUCGGCAACUCCAGCGCCUCACUGGGCUGCGUGAACUGGAACCAGUACUACACCCAGUGCAGGACCGGCGACACAAACCCACACAAGGGAGCCAUCAACUUCGACAACAUCGGCUACGCCUGGAUCGUCAUCUUCCAGGUGAUCACGCUGGAAGGCUGGGUGGAGAUCAUGUACUAUGUGAUGGACGCGCACUCCUUCUACAAUUUCAUCUACUUCAUCCUGCUGAUCAUCGUCGGCUCUUUCUUCAUGAUCAACCUGUGCCUGGUUGUGAUCGCCACGCAGUUCUCGGAGACGAAGCAGCGGGAGCACCAGCUGAUGGAGGAGCAGCGGGCGCUGUGCCUGUCCUCCAGCACGGUGGCGAGCUUCGCGGAGCCCAGCGACUGCUAUGAAGCCAUCUUCCAAUACGUGUGCCACAUCCUGCGCAAAACCAAACGCAGGACCGCCUGGCUGUACUCUGCUCUCAGAGGAGGCGACCCCCAGCCCGCCCACAGGAGGCGGAGACGCAACAGAGUGGGCGUCGACGGCAACGAGAAGCAGCCCGACACGCUCUGCCCGCUCCACUGCCAGCUGGACCGCACCCCCCAGGCCGACGCGGCUCCCAUUGCCCUGACGAUGACCUCCGACCCCGGCAACUGCCCCCACUGCUCCGCCAGCCUCCAGAUCGCGGUGGGGGAGGGCGACCGGCAGGGGGGCGGGAGCGAGAGCGAGGCUGCGGAACACUCGGGCGGGGAGAGCGGCCAAUCUGGGGAGCCCAGGGUGGGGAAGGAGAGGAAGGAGGGAAAAGGAUGCGCCCUGUGCAAGGAACUCUGGGACGAAGUGAGGGCGAAGCUCCGAGCCAUCGUGGAGAGCAAAUACUUCAACCGAGGGAUCAUGAUGGCUAUUCUCAUCAACACCAUCAGCAUGGGAAUCGAACACCACGAGCAGCCGGAAGAGUUGACCAACGUCCUGGAGAUCAGCAAUAUUGUCUUCACCAGCAUGUUCGCCCUGGAAAUGAUUCUGAAACUCACCGCGUUCGGCUUCUUCAACUACCUUCGAAACCCCUACAAUAUCUUUGAUGGGAUUAUCGUUAUUAUCAGCGUGUGCGAGAUUAUCGGCCAAUCGGACGGCGGCCUGUCGGUGCUGCGGACGUUCCGUCUGCUCCGGGUCCUCAAGCUGGUGCGUUUCAUGCCGGCGCUGCGUAGACAGCUUGUGGUCUUGAUGAAGACUAUGGACAAUGUGGCCACUUUUUGUAUGCUACUGAUGCUCUUCAUCUUCAUCUUCAGUAUAUUAGGGAUGCACAUCUUUGGGUGCAAGUUCAGUCUGAAGACGGACACCGGAGACACAGUCCCGGACCGGAAAAACUUUGACUCUCUUCUGUGGGCGAUUGUCACGGUCUUCCAGAUACUGACCCAGGAGGACUGGAACGCAGUUCUCUAUAAUGGGAUGGCCUCCACCUCUCCCUGGGCUUCCCUGUAUUUCGUGGCUCUCAUGACUUUUGGAAACUACGUCCUGUUUAACCUGCUCGUAGCCAUCCUGGUGGAGGGCUUCCAAGCAGAGGGAGACGCUAACAAAUCCCACUCGGACGACGAGCGCUCGCUGUCAAACUUCGACGACAACGAAAAACCAAAAGAUCAGCUAAACUUGUCAGAUCCGAAACUUUGCACUUUGACCUCCAAUGGGUACCUUGACCCCUGCCCCUCUGGGGUCGUGACCUCUGGGAGGCCGGCAUUCCCCCCCGAAAAAUUACACUUUGCCUGGGGGUCCAGGAAGAGCAGCAUCAUUUCACUGGGGAAAUCUGAAAGAUCUUUGCACAGUGCCCGCAAUCCCCUCCACCAACACUGGGGGAACUCUUCAUCCUGGGGCACCCGGAGGUCCAGCUGGAACAGUGUGGGUCGGGUCCCGGGGGCCAGCCGGUCUCAGAUCCAGCCCGAACAAGAGUGCCUCCUCUCGGGGCGUCCGGACAUUCGCCUGCACCCCAAUCACCCAUCCUCUCGCCCGUCCUCCCUGCUGUCUCGCCGGCUCUCCAACCCCUGCAUCCGCAGAGACAGGAGGGCGUUGUCGCUGGAGCUCCCCGAGUUGCUCCGGGUGCCCGGGACUGGGUCGUCUUUAUCCGGGACGUCCCGGAAGAAGAGUAUUUCGGGAGUGCUUGGGUCCCCGUCCGGGGAACACCAGGGCUGCAAUGGGAAAACCUCGCCUGCCCCUCAGCUGGUCGGCGAAGUGUUUCCAAAACUGAAUACGAAAAAGGAGAGGGAGGAGUACGAAGAGGAGAUUGAUUAUAGCCUGUGCUUUCGAAUUCAGAAGAUGAUGGAAGUUUACAAGCCAGACUGGUGUUACACCAGAGAAGACUGGUCUGUCUACCUCUUCCCCCCCCAAAACCGGUUUCGGGCGCUGUGUCAAACAGUGAUAACUCACAAGAUGUUUGAUUACAUGGUUCUGGCUUUCAUCUUCCUGAACUGCAUCACGGUGGCGCUAGAGAGACCCGAAAUACCUCCGCGGAGCCUGGAAAGGCUGUUUCUCACAGUUUCCAACUACAUUUUCACCGCCAUCUUUGUGGCUGAAAUGACACUAAAGGUUGUGGCUAUGGGUUUGUACUUCGGAGAACAAACUUAUCUUCGGAGCAGCUGGAACAUUCUCGAUGGAUUCCUGGUCUUUGUGUCCCUGAUUGAUAUUGUGGUUUCCAUGGCGUCGGCGGGCGGAGCUAAGAUCCUCGGGGUCCUGAGAGUUCUGAGACUGCUGCGCACACUGCGCCCCCUCAGGGUGAUAAGUCGUGCUCCAGGGUUGAAGCUGGUGGUUGAGACUCUCAUCUCCUCUCUCAAGCCCAUUGGGAACAUUGUGUUGAUCUGCUGCGCCUUCUUCAUUAUCUUCGGAAUCCUGGGAGUGCAGCUUUUCAAAGGCAAGUUCUUCUAUUGCCUGGGAGCCGAUCUCAAGAACGUCACAAACAAGUCGGACUGCCUCGCCGCCAACUACAAGUGGCUGCAUCACAAAUACAACUUCGACAACCUGGGGCAGGCUCUGAUGUCUCUGUUUGUUCUGGCCUCGAAGGACGGCUGGGUGAACAUCAUGUAUCAUGGACUGGAUGCAGUGGGGAUCGACCAGCAGCCCAUCAUUAAUCACAGCCCCUGGAUGUUGCUGUAUUUCAUCUCCUUUCUCCUGAUUGUCAGUUUCUUCGUGCUCAACAUGUUUGUCGGGGUCGUGGUGGAGAAUUUCCACAAGUGCCGGCAAAACCAGGAGGAAGAGGAGGCUCAGAGGAGAGAGGAGAAGAGGCUGCGAAGGCUGGAGAGGAAACGGCGCAAAGCCCAGCGGUUGCCGUACUAUGCCACCUACUGCCCGCUGCGUCUCUUCAUCCACUCCCUCUGCACAAACCACUACCUGGACCUCUUCAUCACCUUCAUCAUCUGCAUCAACGUCGUCACCAUGUCACUGGAGCACUACAACCAGCCCCACUCGCUGGAGAUCGCACUCAAGUAUUGUAACUACUUCUUCACCACCACCUUUGUCCUGGAGUCUAUAUUGAAACUCGUGGCGUUUGGGUUCAGAAGAUUCUUCAAAGACAGGUGGAAUCAGCUGGAUCUGGCGAUCGUGUUGCUGUCAGUGAUGGGGAUCACUCUUGAGGAAAUCGAAAUGAAUGCUGCCCUGCCCAUCAACCCCACCAUCAUCCGCAUCAUGAGAGUGCUCCGGAUUGCUAGAGUUCUGAAGCUCUUGAAAAUGGCAACAGGGAUGAGGGCCCUGCUGGACACCGUAGUGCAGGCAUUACCACAGGUGGGGAAUCUGGGUCUGCUGUUCAUGCUGCUCUUCUUCAUCUACGCUGCUCUGGGGGUGGAACUCUUUGGAAGACUUGUGUGCAAUGAAGAUUACCCGUGCGAGGGGAUGAGUCGCCACGCCACCUUUGAAAACUUCGGCAUGGCUUUCCUGACGCUGUUCCAGGUAUCCACUGGAGACAACUGGAACGGGAUUAUGAAGGACACGCUCAGGGAAUGCACGGCGGACGAGCGCAGCUGCCUCAGUAACCUGCAGUUCAUCUCCCCUCUGUACUUUGUGAGCUUCGUGCUGACGGCCCAGUUCGUGCUCAUCAACGUGGUGGUGGCCGUGCUCAUGAAGCACCUGGACGACUCCAACAAGGAGGCCCAGGAGGACGCCGAGCUGGACGCCGAGAUCGAGCUGGAGCUGGAGGCCCAGAGAGGGGGGCUGUGCUGCGCGGGAGAGGGGGAGACCGGAGGAGGGGGUGGGGGCUGUCGAAACAACGCCGGAGCCAAUCACAACGCCGGACACCCCGAGGGACACGCCCGCAGGAUCUACUCUCCAGCGCAGGAGAAUCUGUGGCUGGACAGCGUCUCUCUUCUCAUCAAGGACUCGUUUGAGGGAGAGCUUCUGAUGAUCGAUAAUCUCUCCGGCUCUGUCUUCCAUCACUAUUCAUCCUCACCCGUUUGUAAGGACUGCCAGCAUCACAGGCAAGAGGUUCGCCUCGCGGAAGUAGAGCAGGUGUCUCUGAUGUCAGAGCAGCUCUCUGACAAGUCCUCGUCCCCGGCGCUUCCUGAUGACCUCAGCCUGGACGACCACAGCGUUUACCAGCUGCUGGUGCGCGACAGCAAGGAGCAGGAGGGAAGCAGUGACUCCCGCAGCUCAGAGGAUCUGGGAGGCCAGAGACCCCAGCCAGCCUGCCCAGGAGGGGAGAGGGAGGAGAAGGGCUGUCUCUUUGAGACCGCAGAACCACACAGCUGCUGUAUCACUCCCAGCACAGCCACACAGCAAAGCAUUGCUGGUUCCAGUUUAUCAAUUCUCCACCUCCCAGCAGAUUUCUUCCACCCUGCCAGCGCUGCCCCCCCAGCUCCCAGUGCCACUAGGGGAGUGGAGACUGGGACCAGUGGCAGGCUGACCUCCCCCGCAUCCUGGGCUUCCCUGCGAUCUCCGAGUGCCAGCAACAGACCGCUCACAACUCAGCACACCACGCUGAGCGAGUCAUCUUUAGCGACAGGCAGCUCAGAGGGCAACUUUGAGAACACCCUUGAAGAGGGCCUUAGCUUCAGCGUGUCUCCUCCCAGGAAUCUGCCUCUCACCUGCCCGUUACCAAGCAACCAGAGACCACUAGGCAACAGCAGAACCGUUUCCCACCCAACGGCUCAUCCUAAAAGCGGUGUCAUUACCCUCCAAGCCAGCAGGGGGCACCAAAGGAGCCAAAGCAGCGGGGGCAGCACCAGCCCCAGCUGCACCCGGCAGGACUCUAUGGAGCCGUCGGACGAGGAACUGGGAACCGGAGGCCAAACCAACAACAGCGAACAUUUGUCAGAGACUUUAAGCAGCCUCUCGCUCACCUCCUUGCUGUCCCCUGCUUCUCCGGUGCCCCCUUUGGUGAAAAAGUGUAACAGCACCGGCAGCCUGGACCAAACCGGCGUUUCUAUACGGGGGAAAGACUCGCGGCUUUUUUACGCAGUCGACCCGCAAGGCUACCUCUCCGCGCCUUCGUGGGUCGCUGACGAGGUUUUGGGAGGGGGCGAGAAGGCGGACGAGGGGAGAGAGAGGAGGGAGGAUCAGGGUGCAGACUUUAUCGGGGAAGAGUAUCCGCGAUUCGGCAGGAAAAGCAGAGUGGCUUCGUUGAGGAAAAAGAGAUGAGUCUCUUCACAGAGUCUUGUCUGUAUUUUUUUCCCCAACCCCUGUGAAAAUAUCGUUGUUUGUUAUUUAUUGUACUGUGUGCGUCUCAGAAAACAAGAGGGGGACCAGAAACAAGCAAUUUGAAUUUAUAAAUACAUACUGAAGAUGAUAAUGUUGUAGCCGGAUGUUGACAAAAUGCAUUGGGGAAUAAUCUGUGUUGGAAGGAAAAGGAAUUGAAGCAAACGGUAAUUGCUUGAGGCAAACGUUAUCUUCAAUAUGGCGAUAGGAGUCGUAGAACGACUAUGAUGUUUCUCGAUCUGUAUCAACGGCGGAGAAAUUUGGGGAGGGAGAAAGAUAAAACAACAGGUUUUAAAAGCAAAUCCUGGAUCGCGAAACCGUUUAUAGAAAAAACGCUUUUCUGAUGCCAAAAAAUGACGGUGGAGCUCCUUCCCCCACCCCCCCCAAAGUGACAAGACAAGAAUCUUGAUCCGCGGAGCUUCACGGGGGGGGGGGAAAGCAAGCGGACCAGGAAUGAAAAGUUGAAUAUCGUUGAUAAUGUCUCUCUUGCGGAAACAGGACAGGGGAGUGGGGGAAGACAAGGAAAAGGGGAGCCGCUGGGACAAAAAGGAGUUUGGAAACGUGUCCAAAUAGAUACGAUUUUUCAAAAGCAUUCAGCUGCACAAAGUAAAGACUUUCCAUGGAGGAGAGAUGAAAAUAUGGAGACUUAGUGAGAAUUAAAGUUUAUUAAAAGGUAUUUUUCUAUGCGACCUGGAGAUCUGGGCAGAUUCUGAAGAAACGCGGUCGAGAGAAUCUCUGGGAGCUGAAACUCGAAGAAAAAUAACAAUCAAGCAGUGAGAAGAUAUUGGAAAGUUCAAAUCCAGUUUCUGGGAAAGAAAUAGAGAGAAAAAAUGGGAUGGUUUUUCUGAACCUUUUUGGAUUUUUAAUCAAAUUCAACCGCGCGGAAGCAAACACAGAAAAUAAAAAGGUAACACUGGAGCAAACGGAAAAUUGCGUUUCUAAAACUGCUUCCCCGAGGAAACCAACGUUACUGAAUUUAGUUCUUCCAUCAAAAAAAAAAACAGGAAAUGAUGUCAAAAGCUACAGGAAAUAAGAGGCUCUACUUCCUCUUCAUGAGGAUCCAGACAAGAAGUUGACCUCUGGAGCUGCACAGGAAACGACCUCGG